UUUGAGCGGAACGCGAGGCGCUGUCAGAGGAACGGUCGUGUCGCGCUCGCGCGUGGCCGGGGACGAGCGGCGGAGCCGGGAGCGAUAACUGGCCUCUGUCUCCUUCCGCCCCCCCUUCCUCCCGAGUCUCGCCGCACUCUGCCGGCAUGUUAGUGGGCAGCCGCUGCUGCGCUUUGCGUUCGGGGGCACCUGUCUCGCUGUACCCGCAGGCAUUUCCUGCUGCCGGCGUGAGAGCGGCCGCCUGAGAGCCCCCCUCCCUUUCCCCCACCCCCAGCAAAAGUCCGUGCGUACAUUUCGGAAGUAGCAGACGUUAGGUAGGCCCGGGGCCGGGGUUGGGGGGGAGUCAAGGGGAGCUGGUUCGUCGACCACUUGCCGCUGACAGCGAACCAUGAUGAAGACCGAAGCUUCUGCAGAGAGAUCGAGCCUCCGCAGCUCCUCUCCGCACCGCAACGCUUACAGGACCGAUUUCCAGGCACUCAGAACCACCUUCAGCAAAGCUGGCAGCGGCGGAGGUCUGACUGGGGCAUCGGCGACGGCCGGGGGCGACUCCGAGGUGAAGGAAGGGUCCGAGAACCCGCCGACGUCCCCGCCGCAACGGAUGCACCAGCAAUUGCGGGGAAGGAAAUACGGCUCCAACGUUAACCGAAUCAAGAACAUGCUGUUCAUGCAGAUGGGUAUGGGUUCCGGCGAGGAGAACGCGGCUCCUGCCCGCAUCAGAGGCGGCAGAGGGGCUCCCCCGUCUCCCCACCGCCGAGUUCGAGCCCGGGACGUGGCGCAGGUUGCCCCCGGUGCUCGAGUCAAGCUGACUGCCGAGGUGUGCGACCGGACGAGCCGAGUGGACUCUCGGCGAGAAGGUCCGGCGACCGGCUCCAAAUUUUCCGAGACCCGUAAACUCUUCGAACAGAGCGCCCGAGUGUCGGCAACAGCCCCCCAGCCAAGCUCGCCUAAGAGGGAGAGGAAAUGUUCUCAGGACCAGCUGCUGGACGAGCAGCAAGGGGCCCAGAACCUCCGCAGCGAUAGAGGUAGCACUGAUUCAUUGGACAGCACCCACCCCAGGACAGAGACUCGGUUACCUGCUGUCAGUUGCCCACUUACUGCUCCUUCCCAGAGCACCGGACAACAAACAUUGGCAGCUGGUAGAAGCUUUACAACUGGAUACAAUGGCUUUGUCUCAAAUGCUUCGUCUAAAACACUUGAACUGCAAGAGCAGGGGCAGCAACAGCAGGUGUCUUUCAAAUCUCCUUCUGUACAGAGCCAACAUGGGAUCGAUUUUGCAAACCAGGAUGCUACAGGUUCGCCUCGGAAAAGUGUGAAGCAUGAACACAUCUCGAGCCAAGUGGCACUUCCUUCCGAGGUUGUGAAAUCCGCCUCUUUUAGCCAGACCAGCGCGGUGAAGGCAACGCAGAUUGAAUCUGGGAUCCGCGAAUGCUUAGAAAAUCACGACCAACAUCUAGACGGAGGAUCAACCGGGGAUUUCGGGAAGCACUUAGAUAGUGGUGCUAGCGUGAAGCACCCCGAUUCUCCUCAACGCAAUGCUUUUGUAGCCGAAAUAUUGUCGGAUGCGAGAGGUUCUACAGCAAGUGAAAAUUCCUCUGAGGAGAGCACAGCUGAACGAUCAACUGAGAAAGGCGUCGGGAGUGAGUGUUCCAGAUACAAAUCUAUCAUUCAGAGUACGCAAAAUGAAGGGUGCAGUGUGGAAUCCGGAGAUGACACAGGUUGGGACCAAGCUUAUGAGGAUUCAGAGGAACAAUUGGAUAGCGAUGAAAAUAAUUAUGAACCCAUUUUGGAAUGUACAGAAGUAACAGGAUUGUCAGAUGAAGAUAAUAUACCUGCCAAAAGGAAAAUUAAAUUCAGCACUGAUCCCAUUAAAGUUUUCCACACUUACUCUAAUGAAGACUAUGAUAGGAGAAAUGAUGAAGUGGAUCCAGUUGCAGCAUCUGCUGAAUAUGAACUGGAAAAGCGUGUAGAAAGGUUGGAUCUUUUCCCAGUAGAACUUGAGAAAGAUGAGGAUGGUCUCGGCAUCAGUAUUAUAGGAAUGGGAGUUGGUGCGGAUGCAGGAUUAGAAAAACUAGGAAUUUUUGUGAAGACUGUUACUGAAGGAGGUGCAGCUCAGAGAGACAGCAGGAUCCAGGUCAAUGAUCAAAUUGUGGAAGUGGAUGGAAUCAGCUUGGUUGGAGUUACCCAAAGCUUUGCUGCUACUGUUCUGCGAACAACUAAAGGCAAAGUUAGGUUUCUAAUUGGCCGGGAGAAACCGGGACAGAGCAGUGAAGUUUCUCAACUCAUCAGUCAAACUCUAGAACAAGAACGACAUCAAAGAGAGCUACUUGAACAGCACUAUGUUCAAUAUGAUGCAGAUGAUGAUGAGACAGGAGAAUAUGCUACUGAUGAAGAUGAUGAUGGUGAAGUGGGCUCAGUGCUUACAGGUGGUGACAUGGCGAUUGAAGUGUUUGACCUGCCUGAAACCGGUGAUGUGCUUUCUCCCACAGAAGUGGAUGCCAACAAGAUUACUCACAAAUUCAAAGAGCUACAGAUUAAGCAUUUUGUUACUGAAGCUGAAAUUCAGAAAAUGAAAGCCAAGCUCAAAUUAGCAGAGAAUGAGAAAAUUCAAUGGGAACUAGAAAAAACACAACUCCAACAGAGCAUUAAAGAAAACAAAGAAAGAAUGUUAAAACUGGAGAGCUACUGGAUUGAGGCACAGACCCUAUGUCACACUGUUAAUGAACACCUGAAGGAAACCCAGAGUCAGUAUCAGGCUUUGGACAAGAAGUACAACAAAGCCAAAAAGCUUAUUAAAGAUUACCAGCAGAAGGAAAUUGAAUUUGUUAAGCAUCAAGAUGCUGAGAAAAAGAAAUUAGAAGAAAUUGGAAAAGUACAUGCAGCAGAAGUCCAGAAACUUCAGAGCAGGAUUGCAGAACUGAACGUUGAGCUUCAAAAGUUGACAAGACCCAAUGGGACGCAAGUGAACAACAAUAAUAAUAUCUUUGGAGAGGAGCAAGACAGAAGAACACCAGUGGAUACAUUGAAAGAAACCCCAAUUAAAGCAAUUGAUAGCUUGACAAGGAUGCAGACGUAUCACCACAACAAUUCAAUUUCAGGAGUAAAUGAAUCUCUAACCAUGAAAUCAGCUGACCCAGAUGAGGUUUUCGAUUUCAAUGAAGCAGUGCCUGAAACAGAAAGACUAGACAGUAAAGCCCUAAAGGCUCGAGUUAAUCUUUCAGCUAAGUCAAAACGACAGCGUCCUUCUCGGGCUAGAGUACUUGACAGCGUUAGUUCAACUGAUGGUGAUGAUAGUCUUGAACGGAAGGAUGCUGUUGGAGAAUCCCCAACCUCUUCACCUUCAAAAUAUUGCCACCGUGCUGCAUUGCCUUCUUUGCAUCAAUUGGACAACGAAUGCAAAACGAGAAAGUCAGCAGAUGACAGCACAGCCAUUGCUUCAAAGAAAGGCAGAUCUCCGGUGAUUCAGAAAGACAGCACCAAACAAAAGUUUCAUGAUUUUAGGUGUCCAGCACAAAAAACAUUUAGCAAAGGGAAAAAACAGAAAGACAAAGUGAAAGAAGCCAAUAGACUCUCAUCAGGAAGCAGGAUCUCCAAUGAUACACUGGAAAGCUUAACAAGCAACAUUUCAGUAGGAGAAUCAUCCUCCUCCAUUCCACCUUGUGUGCUGUUAUCCUGGUUUGGUGAAAGUUCGAAAAGAUACAACUCUUCCAGCAAUUUGCCAUCUCCUAGCAGCUCAACAGAACCAUCUUCUGAGAGCCUUAGCCCAGAGAAACAGAGAUUUAAGAAUUUCACCUACAUUGAUGACUUUAGUCCCAGUAGCACAAGUUCUGCUGACUUGAGUGGAUUUGUUGCAGAACCAAAUUCUACAGGGCGCUCACACAUAUUGGCACUCUCCUCUGAUGAAAGCCUGGAUAUGAUAGAUGAUAAGAUCCUUGAUGAAGGACAGUCGCCCAAACACAAUCAAUGGAAAACUUGUGCUGUUUUGGACUGGAGCACUCAUCAGGUUUCUCACUGGCUUAUGGGACUCAACAUGGAGCAAUAUGUUCCACAAUUUAUUGCCAAGAGCAUUGACGGAGCUCAGUUGCUCCAGUUGGAUGGAACCAAAUUGAAGGCAUUAGGUAUUAAUGUUUCUCGAGAUCGGGCCAUUAUCAAAAAGAAGCUAAAGGAGUUGAAAUCAUUAGUUGAAAAAGCACGUAAAGCACAACAGAAAUUAGAGAAACAAAGGGAAAAACAGAGAAAAAAGGAACAGGAGCAGCUUCUGAAAAAGAAUAAGAAAACAAGCAAGUCAUUAUUUCUAGCAGCAGAACCUGACACUGAAUAAGAAGUUCAUCAUUAAAAAGACUGAAAGGGUUUUAAUAGUUUUCUAGGCACUUUAUAUCCUGUGCACAGACUUGAGGAGUGUAUAUAAUUUCAUUUUACAAACACCUCAGAAUUAUGUCAGAAUCAUUUUAUGGUGGUCAUCACAAAAGAACCUGAACAUUUCAUUUUAGUUUUGUGUAUGUUUUUCUUUACAUACACUGGCUCCUGUGGAAGACUUGCAUAACUUCUCUGAUUACCUGGCAUUAAAAUCAAACUGCACAAAACCUAAACAACUGUCAAAACAACUUGUGGAGAAGUGAUCAGCUUUAAAAAAAACAUUUUAAAAUGGGAUAGAACUUUGUUUUUAUGUUAUCUCAGAAUUUUCACACUAGAAAACUUAAAUACAAUAUAUCAGCAUUACAUAAAAGGAGAGGGCCCAAAAUAAGCAAUUUCUGCAGUCUGCAUAUUGCACUGAUAUUCAUGGAACUUAAACUUCUGAGUAGAAAACUAUGUCAAGUUACAUUUCCUGAAAUAUGAUAUAACUGUUUGUAAAGGCGUAUACCUAUUUUACUCCACCAAUUGGCAAAGUUUAAAAAUAAAUUUUACUAUUAAAAUAUUAUUAUUGCACACUGCAUUUUUCUUUUUAUUUCAAAAAUUUAUUGAACUGUAAAUAGCAGUUUCAAUAUUUCAUUUAAAGUUUAUCUAAAUAACAGAUGUUCUGAAACAUUUCCAAAGAAUUAAAUUUGCAAUAAAUAAGUUGAGACAAUGAUAUUUAAGUAAUGGUCUUUAUAUUGUUACAGAUCUAAUAUUGAAUGGCAAAUGAUAUAAACUACUUUAUUGGGAUUUUAUUUUCAUAGGAUCUAAAGCAUGGUUUGGUGUAGAAAUUGGGAACAGUUGGUUAAACAAACAACAUUUAAAAAAAAAUCGGAUAUGGUUAUUCUACAUUACCGUAUUUUUAAUUCCACAGUAAAUGGUAAAGUUAGUUAUUUGUCAAUUCAACAAAGAUAGCACAUUAGAACUGUGGGCUUUCUUUGUUAAAGGUAGGUACAAGUAGUUAAUACCUAUGUUGAUGGUUCUGCAUAACUGUAGGCUUCUGGCUUUAAUGAUUCGGAACAUAUACCAUUUGAUGAGAAUUCAAAAUCAUCUUACGCCAUAUUUAGUUCAGUUAAACUGUUGAUACCUUAUUUGGAUACUAAUCUCCCCACCACUUAAAAUAAGUAAUAUAUUUCCUUAACAUCAAUAUUUUGUAUGUGAGCAGUCUUUUCAUAUUGCGGCAUACUCUUUCUUGUGAUUUGAGGGAUAAUCAAGGCUUUGCUGAAGUGAUUUUACAAGAAACAUUACUACUUUGAAGCGAUACUUAAAGAAUAUCCUAUGCUCAAAAAAUAGUUUAGAACAUGACAUAUGUAUUUAAAAUCUAAUUUGGAAGCCCAUUUGUAUAUGUUUUAAACCUGAUUCCUGUUUUUGAAUAAUAUAGAUUUGCAUCUAACAGAAACCCAGAACAUCAUUAAUGAGUCGGUGAAAAUGUGUCAUUUCCAAGUCUUCCCGAUCAAUAGUCUGUGUAUUUUUUUAUGAUAGCAGCAGUCAGUAAUUAGAGCCAGUAGUUAAUAUUUAAUAUAAGUCUACAAAGCAUCAAAACAUUGAAUGUGUUUUAUAUGAAAUUCUGAUGAAGUGGCAUUACACACUUUCACCAUUGCCGUUUUAAACUCCAUUUUACUACUUUGAAAGUAUUUUGUGGCUGCAAUUCUUGGUUCUCACUUAUUUAAAAUUAAGCAGCAAACAAGUUUGGGCAUUUAAUUAAACUAAUUCAACAAAGUGGUUGAGUGCUAUUUUCCCAUUAUUAGAGAAGAUUACUGUAGUUUAGUUCAACACUGUUGGGUGUAACACCAGUUUAAUCUUGUUCCAGAGAUGUGUUAGUAAAGCCUAAUUGCCAACGUAGUAUUUUUAAGAAAAUUCAUAUGUUUAGUAUUUUUACUUCUACCAUUUGAACUAAACAAAACUGCUUCGGUCCAAAUGCAGAUUUGUCUACUGCAUUGUUCAGACAAGUGGUUUAAUGCUUAUCUGCCCUCACCCCAUUCUCUCACUACUGUAGCAGGGCUAGGGUUCCUCUUGUCCUUACCUACCACCCCCUUACCCUCCAUAUCCAGCACAUCAUUCAAGGUAACUUCUGCCAAUCUACAAUGGGAUUCUACCGCAUUUUUCCCUCACCCACCCCCCCCCCCAAAAUCCCUAUUCUCCACUUUUGGCAGGGAUUGCUCUACAUGACUCACUUGUCCAUUCAUCCUUCCCCACUGAUCUCCCUCCUGGCACUCAUCCUUAUGUGGGACAAGUGUACAUCUGUCCCUAUACCACCUCCCUCACCACCAUUCAGGGGCCCAAACAGUACUUCCAGGUUAGAUGGUGCUUCACCUACGAGUCUGUCAGGGACAUUCAUGUAUCUAGUGCAGCCUCCUCUACAUCUGCAUGACCUGGAUGCGGCUUUGUAGAGCACUUCACUCCAUCCACCACAAAAUGUAGGAUUUCCUGGUUCCAUUUCAAUUUCCCUCCCAUUCCCAGUCUGACAUGUUGGGCUACAAUGAGGGCACAACCAGGUUGGUUGGAGCAAUACCUUAUAUUCUGUCUGAGUAAGUGCCAACCUGAUAGCACAAACAUCAAUUUCUCUAAGUUCCAGUAAUUUUUCUCUGUCCCCAUUCUCUCUUUUCCAUUCCCAAUUCUAUUUCUUCUUUAACCCCUUCUUUUUGAUCGCAACUGUCUGGAUCCCCUUCUCCUUCCAUUUCUACCAUGGUCCCCUGUCCUCUCCUAUCAGAUUCCUUCUUUAGCCCCUUACCUCUUCCACCUAUCACCUCCCAGCUUCAUACUCCAUCCUCCUCCCCCACCCACCUUCUCUCUCAGCUGGUUUCACCCAUUGCCUGCCACUUGUACUACCCGUCCACCCCACCACCUUAUUCUGGCCUGCUCCCUUCCAGUGCUGAUUAAGGGUCUUGGCCCAGAACAUUGAUUGUUUAUUUCCUUCUGUAGAUGCUGCCUGACUUGCUAAGUUCUUCCAUCCUUUUCUGUGUGUUGCUCAAGAUUCUGUAGAAUCUGUAAAAGCCUCCUGUAUAUCGGUGAUACCUGACGUAGAUCACUUCACUGAGCACAUAAUGCUUUGUCCGCCAGAAAAGGUGGGAUCUCCCAGUGGCCACCUAUUUAAUUCCUCUUCCCAUUCCCAUUCUAACGUAUCAGUCUAUGGCAGCCUCUAAUGUCACGAUCAGGCCACAGUCAAGUUGGAGGAACAUCAUCUUAUAUUACGCUGGGGUAGCCUCCAACCUGAUGGCAUGAACAUUGAUAUCUUGAACUUCUGGAAAUGGCCUCCCCCUUUCACUAUUCCCUAUCCCCUCUUCCCUCUCUUACCUAGUCUCCUUGCCUGCCCAUUGCCUCCAUCUGGUGCUCCUCCCCCCUUUUAUUUCUUCCAUGGCCUUCUGUCCUCUCCUAUUAGAUUCCCCUUUCUCUAGCCUUUUAUCUCUUUCACCAACUUCCCAUCUCGUCGUUUCACCCCUCCCCCUCCCAGUUUCACCUAUCACCUUGUGUAUCUCUCUCCUCACCCCACAUUUUAACUCUACUCAUCUUUUUUUUCUCCAGUGCUGCUGAAGGGUCUUAGUCCGAAACAUCGACUGUACUGUUUUCCAUUUAUGUUGCCUGGCCUGCUGAGUUGCCUCAGCAUUUUGUCUGUGUUGCUUCGAUUUCCAGCAUCUGCAGAUUUUCUCUUAUCUGUAGAAUCUGUUGUGUUUAUAGUUUGAUGUCAUGUUUUCUUUACAUCUCUGCCCACUGAUGCAUACAAUUUGCCCUGUGACUUUUUUGGUCUUCAUUUUAAACAAUACAGCAGCAGCAUGGUAGCGAAGUGAUUAGUACAACACAUUACAAUACCAGUGACCCUACGGGUGCUCCGAUUUCCUCCCACAGUCCAAAAAACUGGUUGGUGGGUUAGUUGGUCAUUGUAAAUUGCCCCAUGAUUAGACUAGGGUUAUAUCAGGAGUUGCUGGGCAGCGCAGCUUAAUGGGCCAUAAGGGCCUAUUUCGCCUUAUAUUUCAAUAAAUAAAUUCCUAUUUCUUACAAAAAUGUCUUUUAAUGAUUAUCCUUUCUUGGCUUCCUUGCAGUGUCUAACAGGACAAGUAAUUUCUCUCCUCUCACCCACUCCUCUGAAAAAUAUUAAGCUUGUGAAGAAAAGUAAUGCUAAAAGUGAUAUUUCACAUGAAGCUCUGCAAUGAAUUCUGCAUGUCUUUUAUCACCCAAUCUCCCAUUUAGAGUAUUAUUGAGCAGAGCAGUAAUAUUCAGAUCAGCAUUGUUUCACUGUCAAUUUCAUCUUGCCUUGUUGCAGUAAUUAUCAAAGUUUUUUCCAUCUCAUUUGUUGCAAUAUUCUAUUUGUGCUAUAUUUUCAAUAUGUGACUACUGUAAGUAUAUUAAAACUUUAAAUUUAAUGCCUCAAUUAUUUUAGGUUACUUGAUUUUAUGCAAGUAUUGAAUCACUUGCUCUGUUAUAUGCUGAAUAAUUAUCACUAACAUGAAAACUGUAAAAACAUAUCUAAUUGCUGAGGUUAUAGUCACAAUUCUGUAAUUAACUAAAUCAGUUGGUCUAGUAUAUAUUGUUCCUUUUGGGAAUAUCUUGUGAGUGUAGAUAGUUUUGUUUUCCAGUUAAAUGCUGUGAAGCGAGGGAGUAAAACUGAAAAUUAACUUUACAAACAAUAAAUGCCCAAAAUAAUGUAAGAAAUCUAGCAAGCUUACAAGAUAUAGUGAUCCAUAAUAGGAAGUCCUGUACAGAAGGGAGUGUUUUUAUAUAAAUAUAUAUAUAUAUGUAAAACAAACUAUAAAAGGAUGUUAUAUUGGUGUUCUUUGAAUUCUUGUGUUACUGUUAAUUGAUUUUGAAGUAAUAUGAUUACAUGUUGCUGAAGGAGGACUGGGGCAGCUAACUAAGAAAUGCACUGAGGAUGUUGAAAUUGUUUUUUAUUUGUAAGAUAAGUACCAAAAGAUGGAGGAAUUUAAUUUGAAUAAAAUGUGUACAAAUGGCAUGGCCUGAUGUCUGAUUUGAAGAGCUGUUCAAUGUUCCUCUUCCUGCAUGAUAAUGAAAACAGUGCCAUGCCUGAAUUUAGUCUUCUGUGCUUUGUGAUGUAUUACAUUCUUAUGUUUACAAACUUAAUAUUUUAUUUUAAUGUUAAUGACAGAUAAUAACUAGUAUUUUUGUUGAUUUUAAAUGCCUGUGAAACUUAUUUGGAUAAAUGUAAAUAAACAUCUUGCCAAUGAAUAAGCACUGUUAUCAGACAACAUGCAUUAAACAAGUGAAAAGUCUUAAGUGAAACAACAGGUUAAAGAAAAUAUUCUUGUAAGUGUAUGCUCAGUACUGAAUUAUCCCUUUUUAUUCUAAACAAGACUGUAAGAGCCAUGUAUCUAUUUUCAGUCAUAUGGUUGGGGUGUGGUGGAGGCAAGUGAGUACAGUUACCUCUCAUUUCGUUAAAUGUUUAGUUUAGUCUUGUAGAGAGGGGAUGAGCCAUGCAGAACUAUAUUUUUUGUUGACUACUAUUAGAACACUAAUUUAGUUCGACUGCUUAGUUGCGCUAAUUGGGACGCUAACUAGAUCGCUAUUAGUACACUUAAAUUUGUUAGUUCAGCUGCUAACUUGGUUACUUCUCUAGUUUGAAUACUUAUCGCUCAUUUAGUUUUGUUAGCUUUUUUAUCGCUACAAUUCAUCUUUGGUUGUUUUGCAAUAAAGG